UAUACAUCAUACCUACAUUUGAACCAAGACAAGAAGUAGCUAAGUAAAUGUUAACAUUCAGUAAUGCUAUAAUAUCAAUUGUACUAUGCCCUGUCCUGUGUUAGGUUUUUUUAAAAAUAUGUUUUUUAUGGUAUUUCAGAUUCACGGAAACAACUACUCUCAUAAAGUGGACAUCUUUUCUUUAGGCCUCAUUCUAUUUGAAUUACUGUACCCAUUUAGCACUCAGAUGGAAAGAGUCAGGACUUUAACUGAUGUAAGAAAUCUCAAAUUUCCACCACUGUUUACUCAGAAAUAUCCUCGUGAGUAUCUGAUGGUUCAAGACAUGCUUUCUCCAUCCCCCAUGGAAAGACCAGAAGCCACAAACAUCAUUGAAAAUGCUGUAUUUGAGGACUUGGAGUUUCCAGGAAAAGGAGUGCUCAGACAGCGGUCACGCUCCUUGAGUUCAUCAGGAACCAAACACUCAAGACAGCCUAGCAGCUCCCACAGCCCUUUACCCAGCAAUUAGCCUUCUUGUGCUAGCAACCCAAGCAGGUAACACAGAAUAGCCACCUCUGAAGAAUGUGGUUUUCCAAAACGGUGGACUCGAAAAUUUUAUUCUUCACUCAAUUUUAUUUGGACUGGUUUUUCUAAGUCAAACUGAAACUGGAUUUUAGGACCUAACCUAAUUUGAGCCAACUCUUGAUUUUUGCUGUACUUAGAGUCUCUGUCUAAAUGCCAUGUGGUCCUUGUUCUUUUAUAGUUUCUGAAACUAGCUGACCCAGAUUUAUAGCCUUUACCUUUUAGGAGGUAGAGGCAAUCUCUAAAAUAUAGAGAGAUUUAAAAUGGAAAUAUUUUAUAGUACAGAAGAAUGUAAGUCCUCCCCUAUGGUAACUAUUGUUCUAGAAAUAUGCUUUCUAGAGAUAUGAUGAUUUUGAAACUGAUUUCUAAAAAAGCUGACUCCGUUUUGUCCCUGGUGGGUAAAUGACAAAUCUGCACUAUUUUGGAGGACAGGUAGCACAAGCUGUAUAAAUUUGUGUCUGUAGUUUUAUAGUUCUAUUUGUAGCAUUAACUAGCUUUAUUCCUUAGAUAGUUUUAGGGAGAGUUUAAGAGCUUUUGUAUUUUUACCUCCGAUAAAGGAAAAUGAAGCUUUUUAUGUAAAUUGGUCAAAAAUUCUGGUUUGAGGAAAAAACCUAUAAUAAGAAAUGAUUAUCUAUUACAACUUAACUUUCAAUUUAUGAACGUUUUAACCUAAUAAAAUGCAUCUUAUAUGUAAUCUGUAAUCCUGUAGGUUGGUACAUCCCCCAGAUUGAUUAUAGAUAAGUUUAAUCAUCUCACU